AUGUCGUUAUAUGCUUGUUUUCCACAAUGGUCUUUGUAUUUUCAGAAAGCGAAGUUACCAAGGCCUGGUCACAUUGGUGUCGCGGGUUUACCACCGAUAAAGUGUAAACAGUCUGAAUCUCUCUCUCAGAUUGUAAAGUCUAACACAGUCUUAUUGUGUGUAUCUUACGGCAAAACAACGACAAAAAGUUAUGUUGAGUCCUGUUUAGGUCUACAUAACAUUCUUACGUCCCACAUACCAAACAUCGACUUUGUACUUGGCGCAAAAGUCGAGCCUGCGGAGCCCAUUUUGGACGAAAGGGACCCUAUUCAGGCUAGUGUACAGAGGUGCCUGUUUGCACUUGUUUCACGAGAGGAUUCCCCCAAAGCGGAGCCAGAAUUUUCAAAAGCUGUAUCUGAAAUAAAGAACUUGAUUAACAGUGAUGGACAGAUAAUAAUUUCACAUCUUCAACCAGAUGAUCAUUUGCUGGGUUCUUUUACCAAGAUACCCAUUGAUGCACCAGACGAGCAUCCGUCGGAUUUGGAGAUUGUUGACCAAUCCCCGUCAUCGGUGUCACCAAUAUUUCAUUGGACUUAUUGCUAUCCAGUGUACCAUACCUUGGAACGAGCAUUCCAAGUCUUGCAUGAGUGUGAACACUUUACAGAAGUGAGACAACUCUUGAAAACUGCUCAUCAACUGAUACCACCAACAUUUGAGUGUGAAAAACUACAAAGAGAAAUGGUGUAUCCAUUUGUGGUGGUAGAAGGCUUGGAUGCAACAGGAAAGACAACUCUAACAGAGACUCUGGAAGAAAAACUGCAUGCUGCCAAAUACUCAACACCUCCACCAAGCAUCAUGCACCUACGGAAAUUCUUCGAUGGUUUACCAGAGAUAGUUCGUAAAGCUUACUAUUCUCUUGGUAAUUACAUUGUUGCCAUAGAGAUUGCUGAAGUGUGUAAAACAAGAGCAGUUAUUAUGGACAGGUAUUGGCACAGCACAACAGCGUAUGGAAUUGCCAAUGAAACAAGCUGCGCCGACCUCCCACCUGCAGGUCACAACGUGUACCAGUGGCCAGAAGACCUGCUAAAGCCAACUAGUAUUUUGUUCCUCUCCGUGUCGGAAAGUGUCAGGAGGAAGAGACUGGAUCAGCGGGGAAGAGAAAUGACUCGAGAAGAACGCUGGCUAGGAAAAGAUACUUUCUUUAGACAGAGAUUGUGCGAGGCCUACAGAAGAAUGGAAAAUCCAGGCUGUACGGAAAUCGAUGCUAGUGGGUCUGUACAAGACGUCAUGGAUGCUGCAGUAGACAUCCUGAACAAACAGAACAUCUCUCUCAGUGGGGCAAAAUCCUCACAUUAAGUCUUAUCCGAACUAUAUUUUUAUAUUUAAGUCCAGAUAACAUUAAACGACACAAGCCAAAUGCCAAAAAAUCAGUCGCAGAUGACUGGUUCGUCAAUAUACAUUACCCAGUAUGACUCAACUCGACAGUUGAGUUUCGUUGUCAGUUGUGAUCCAGGCUUUAGUAAACCAGCUGGGACCUAAUUCACUAAACUCUCGCAACUUUGCGAUAUCGCAGUGCAAUGCAAAAAGACUUGCAAAGAGGAUGCUUUGAUGUCUAGCAGAGCCUAAGAGAGCUUUGUGAAUUAGGCCCCAGACCUGUAUAUGUAAAGAGGUACCAGUUGUACCAAAAUUAAUUUGGUUGCCCAUCUUAUAGUCUUUACGCACUGUAGGAACGAUAUUUGAAGUGGGGGAGGACAAGCCAAAUUUUUAUCUUUACAUAGAGUUAAGACAACAAAAAACACCCUAAAUUUUUUCGGACUUAACUUGGGGAGCUUGUGCCGCCAGCUUCUACGGCCUGUACAACUGUUGGGAUGCCUGCACCAGCUACUUUUUACAGUCAUGUUAAUGAUUAUGAUUGCAGAUUGCAAGCCUGGAAAUAAGCAUCUAGUAAUGGAGGUUGUCUGGAACAAAUUUGUCAUUUAUCCAGCUUUGACAGUCACAAAUUUAAAAUUAGCUGACCUUUUUGUCUAUAUGAUUAGAAUUCAUUCACAUCGGAUUUACAAGGACCGGGCAGUCUGAUUUUAUUUUUCAGUUAUACUCUUUUUUUUUCUUUUUUUAAAAACAAAAUAAUAAUUAGUUAAUCAAAUAAAUUCUUUGGCUUGCUUUCUUGGUAAGAUGUCAAUUGUUUCAUUUCAAAAUGAAUUUUAACAUUAAGACUUG